GCUCGAUGCAUGGAGAAGGUAUUGCCUCGAAUUUUUUGAAAAAAUCGAACAAGAUGGUCUUGCAGAAGCAGGUAUGACAGUCUAUCCAAGUCUUCUCAUAUUUCUCACGUCGCCAUAUACCGACCUCCAGCCAUAGCAAUGGAUCCUUCUCUUCGCUGGCAUAUCGAUCCAAAUUCCCGAGCCAUCGAGAAAUUCGGCAAGAAAGUUCUGUCCAAAAUUUCUACGACCGUCCGUGCCACAUCUUCAUCAGUGAAGGUCUUCCUAGAGCGCAUGCACCAUGACAUCAAAACCAUGGGUACAAUGCAAGGCGAAACGCUCUACUGGAGAUACACCAUAGCAAUAAAGCUUAUCCACAAUGCCGUCCGAUGGAGAGUGGCCAAUCCCAAUGAUGAGCAACAAAUCUCACUAGUUGGAUAUGAAGAUAUAGAGAAGGAUACGCUAGACCAUUUCAGGUUGCUUGACAAGCAAUUUCAGAAAAUACUUGAGACGGGGUUGAUUAAGAGGGGGACUUUGCCGUAUGAUCGGACCCUGUGUAUGUUGGAGACGCAUCAAGUGACGGAUUUGUAUGCUGUUUCUUGGAAAUGGCUCAGGGAGUUAUUUUACGAAGAGUGUGAGGAUGUUGUGCUUCGAGGUGUAAAUAAUACAGCAUUUGCACAGAAGAAGGGAGAAAAGAAUGGUGAAGCCAAAGGACGGACUGUGAAGAGAAGGAAACUCAUUAGAUAACCGAUCAUUAAGAAAAUCAGUGGAAGCGAAGCACUGGGUGAGCUACAACAAGAGGAGCUU